AUGAAGCAUCUCAUCUUCGUAGGCGCAUGCUACCUCGACACAAUCCUCACGGUCCCACACUUCCCCAAAGAAGACUCCAAGCUCCGGGCGACAACAGCACAGGUGCGCCGCGGAGGCAACUGUCCCAACACACUUGAGGUCAUCGCCCAGCUCCUGCGUGCCGGGCCGAGGCGCCUGCCCCCGAUCAAGCUGCACCUGGUAUCAUGCCUGCCCGACGCCCAGGCAACCGCCACGAGCAAGAUCCUUGCUUCGUUUGGAGGCGACGUCGAGGAGGCCGAAGAAAACGGAAUCGACUUCAGCCACUGCUUGUACCGGCAGGGUCACGACGAGCCGGCGAGCAGUUACAUCAUACGCGGUGCCCAGACCGGCAGCCGGACGAUUGUCAACUUCAAUGACCUCCCAGAGAUGACGGCGGGCGAGUUUGAAAGAAUCGCCGAUGCCUUUGCUAGGCAAGGGGAUGAGUGUUGGUGGCAUUUCGAGGGCCGAAUUCCAGAGACAACGCUCCGAUGCAUCCGCUACCUUCGACGGUCUUUGCCGGGUAACACCAUCAGCGUCGAGGUUGAGAAGCCUAACCGGGAAGGACUGGUCGAACUAGCAGCCGAAGCCGACGUUGUCUUUUACUCGAGGAGUUGGGCUGAACCGAGGGUACACCAAUUCGGAGGCGUGUUUGAAGGGAGAAGCAGCUUCAUCAAAAGCGAAGGCGCCGGCGCUCUGGAGGUUUCCAGUGGCGAGUACACCCAUCAUCCUGCAACUCCGUCAGGACAGAGGGUGCCAGUGGUCGAUACUAUCGGCGCGGGUGAUACAUUCAUCGCCGGGAUGCUGUAUGGGCUGAACGCUCCCGGCUGGAGCUCUCGGGAAAAGCUAGCAUUUGCAGUAAGACUGGCCACCAAGAAGGUCCAAAGGGAGGGUUUUUGUGGGCUGGUACCCUAG